CUUUUGAGUCUCCGAUUUACUUAUCUAAAACUUUGUCUUCUUCCUUGGGCGCAGAUUUAUAGAAGGCAUGAUAUCUUUAGAGCCGUAAGAACUUUGAAUCAUAGCUUAGCUGUGCAAAAAUAUGGCAAACAAAUUUAUUUUGUUUACAGUUUCAACUAUGUUUCUCCUGCUAAUGGGCAGCCCUGGCCAGGGUCGAUCUAUCAGAAACAACUCGAACCUUGCCAUGGUCUCUGAUGGAGUCCAAAAUGUUUGGCAGCCAACAUACAUUCAACUCAAAAGCUUAAUAUCGUCGGAAUCAUGCGAACAGACGUAUGGAUUUUUGCCAUGCACCACCACAGUCCUUGGAAAUGUUUUCCUCAUACUUGUUUACGGUUACCUUAUGUUCCGAGCAGCCAAGUUGUUGUGUGACGGUUGUGAAAUAUUGCUGGAAAUUCUUGGUCCUGGCAUCAUUGGUGGUCUCUUCUUGCCUGUGCUGAGCUCUCUUCCUGAUGCUAUAAUCAUACUAGCAUCUGGACUUUCUGGGAGCCAAGAAACUGCACAAAGUCAGGUCUCUGUUGGCAUAGGGUUGCUAGCUGGAUCAACCGUCAUGCUUCUGACAGUACUAUGGGGCUCCUGUCUUAUACUCGGAAAGUGUGAUCUUGAGAGCGCUCUGUCCAAAGAUCUAGUAGACACCAAAGGAUUUAGCUUAACUGGAUCUGGAGUGAGCACUGACGUCUGGACAAGCUAUGCUGCAAGGAUAAUGGCCAUAUCAAUUAUCCCAUUCAUAAUUGUGCAACUACCAGCUGUUUUAUACACAACUUCUCAAAGUCGAAUUGCAAUUCUGAUUGCACUCGUUGUUUCUAUUUCUUUAUUGCUAUCUUACAGUCUUUAUCAGGUAUUUCAGCCAUGGAUUCAGAAGAGAAGAAUCGCCUUUGCAAAGCAUAAGCAUGUAAUAGCAGGAAUUUUGAAACAUUUAAGCGUACGUGCACUUGGAAGACUUCUUACAGAUGGUGGCGAACCUAAUACAUCUGUUAUAGAGAAGCUGUUCAUGAUGAUUGACGAGAAUGGGGACGGACUCCUAUCACCGGCAGAGUUAAGAGCCCUGGUACUGGGAAUUCAAUUUGAAGAGAUAGAUAUGGAUAUUGAAGAUGCUGUUGACAAAGUACUGAAAGAAUUUGAUACAUCUUGUGACUCAUUUAUUGACAAAGAUGAGUUUGUCAAAGGAAUCUCAAAAUGGCUAAAUGAGGUUAGGCGUACCGCUGAGGGGCAGGCAACAUCAAUACAUUUGCAUCAUUUUCAUGAGCAAACCAGGAAAGAACAUCAUCUGUUGGGGGGUCAGAGUGGUCAUUUUGGGAAGACCGUGAAAAAUCCAGUGUGGAAUGCCUUCAAAGCGGUGAUGAUGUUGCUUCUCGGAACGAUUGUAGCGGCUGUGUUUGCAGAUCCUCUGGUGGAUGCUGUUUCCAGCUUCUCCACUGCCUCCAGCAUUCCUUCUUUCUUUGUUUCUUUCGUUAUUUUGCCCAUUGCUAGCACCAGCGAGGCCGUUUCUGCACUAAAUUUUACCGGACGGAAGCAGUUAACAACAGCAUCUUUGACGUAUUCUCAGAUUUAUGGGUCUGUGACCAUGAGUAAUAUCCUUUCCCUUUCUGUAUUCUUGGGACUUGUUUACUUUCGUGACCUGACCUGGGACUUUGCUGCUGAAGUACUGGUUAUUCUAAUUGUCUGCAUUGUAAUGGGAGCUAUUGCCAGUUUCCGCACCACCUUCCCUCUCUGGAUGUCAUUGGUAGCAUUCGCACUUUAUCCAUUCUCUCUGUUACUGGUCUACGUUCUCGACUAUAUCUUCGGAUGGUCUUAAUUGAAACUCAUCUUAUUCGUGCUAACAAGAAGUAAAUAAUGGAGGCACCAAUCUACGGUGGCUUGCUGUCACUACAGUUGAUCACAAUAUUUGAGGCUGUACCUGUAAACUAUGGACAUUUUGUGUUUGGCUAAUUCCUGUUUUCCAUGAAAAUGUUCAUUGCAUCAGCAAUGAAUGUGUUAUGUUCUGGGUUUUCAUAUGGCAGGAUGUGGAUGGACUCUAGAAAGCAUUGGAGUUUUUGUAAUAUUAGGCUUCUACGAGUGGGAUUUAUCUUUUAUUAUUGUUUAUUAUUUA